AUGUCUAGUUUUUCAGAUAAAGAUAGAUGUGUUUGGGUGAAUGGCGCUGUUAUCUUAGAAAGAGCUCAUUGUAUUCCUUCUUUAUGGCAAAUAAAAACUUAUGAUCGAUUGAAACUUCACCUUCCUAAGCAUUUUGAGCACAGUCAAAGGAAAAUCCCUGUUCUUGACAUUGGUGCUUUGGAGAAAAUCAGUUCCGACAAAGUUAAGGUUUUUCCUGGAAUCAACAAGUUUUCAUGUGAAUUUCAAUCAGUUAUUCUUGCCACUGGCUACUGCAGCAAUAUUCCAUAUUGGCUAAAGGAAAGUGAAUUUGUGUGCAAGAAUGAUUACCCAAAAGCACAAUAUCCUAACAAGUGGAAGGGAAAAUGUAGAGUUGGAUUCGAAAAGAGAAGGCUGGCAGCUGGUGCUUCUGCAUUCGUUAGGAAAGGACAAAACUCUGCUCAUAGAGUUUCCUUUAAAUUUUAAAACACUAUUGUGGAGGUUGUAGUCGAUAUGAUAUCGAUAAACAUAUUUACCUUACCUUUAUUGUUCACUUUUGAAAAAGAAAGUUAUAAAUUCUAGUGGAAGUCUUUUUUGUUUGUUGAAAAUUUAUCAACUCAUUUGACAUACAAAUUCUGCUUUACACAC